AUGCCGUGGACCCAUAGCCAUCGACCUUCCAUCUCCUCGCCUCUCUCCUCUUCUCCCAUUCGUGCGGCCUCCCCCGCUUCACCGACAAGACGUACUACUCUGGACUUUUCGAACCGUCAAACACAAUCGUCGCCAAUUCAAGCAUCAUCCUCCAAGUUCAAAUACGCGUCGCGACAGACCAAGCCGAAUCCAGCAGUCCGUCGUCGUGAAGAAGCUCAAGAGAGCAGGCGAAAGCUGUUCUUACAGAACGUCCGCCAGCGUGCUGAUGAGCGUAAUUACGAGCGAAGGGACAUGGAAGGAAUUCUUCUCAAAUCAAGCUGGGAUAAGCAGAUGCGGGAGCUUGUUCUCGCAAAGCGACUCGAGAGCGAUGCCGUGUUCUCUAAAGCGGACAUCGAGCACGCGGCUGAGCUGCUGUUGCAAGAGGAAGCAGCGUCAGAAAUCCAGCAGCCACCCGAAAACAUCGAUGAUAUGAUGGUCGACGAAAUGGCUAUGCAAGAACAGAGCGAAUUGGAUGCGCUUGUCAUGGCGUACCACGAACCCACCAUCGAUCAGCAGGCUGCCUCGACCUCCAGCGCAGACGCUCACAGCAUGUCCGAUGAUGAAGACUACGAUGCAAUCUUCAUGGACCUGGUAUCACAGCAGGACUUCUCAGAGCAGAUGGAUAUGUCGUGA